GCCUCGGAGAGGCGGCUCCUCAAACCCUCUCAUUGACUGCACGAUCUUCCGUUGCUUUUCCUGAGCUGGUAUUAGCCAGCCUCGGAGAGGCGGCUCCUCAAACCCUCUCAUUGACUGCACGAUCUUCCGUUGCUGUUCCUGAGCUGGUAUUAGCCAGCCUCAGAGAGGCGGCUCCCCAAAAAACACCUGGAUUACAUAAUCAAUACGAAGAAGCGCUGUCACCUUGAACAUCCGUCGCCUUGAACAUCUCUCACAUCAAACAUCUCUCUCUCACCUUGAAUAUCUGUCACCUUAAACAUCCGGCGCCUUGGACAUCCCUCACCUUCAACAUCUUGUAUCAUGACUGUUGGCACACCACCCGUUGCAGAGUUGAAUAACUCUGCCCAGACUUGGUUCUAUCAAAUUAAGAGCGAUAUACGGGCAGCAAGUGAAUCGGUGGAGUUGAGAUACGAGAAUAUCUCAGAAGACAAGGGAGCCUUACUAGUUGAUUCGCUCUCAGAGGACUCAGACGUUGAAAGAUACCGCCCGCGAUUCAGUUACAACUCGUUUGUAAAGGCUCUGAACGUGUUAGUAAUGCCGACUGAGGUGCACGAUGUGCACCAACACUGGAUCUCUUCAGAAAAACUGGAUAUGGUUCUUGGCGGUUUCUUGACUGCCGCAGAGGGUCACGCUUUAACACUCGGAGUUGGUACAACCAUCAACCAUCUCAAUGGACCAUACACCGGUUCACGUAAGGAUCCCGACAUGCUCAUACGGCAUGAACUUGAACCACUGCCAAGCAUCGCGAUAGAGUCCGGGUGGGCAGAAUCACUGCCCCGCCUCCACGCGGAUAUGCGGCUGUGGCUUGUGGGCGGAGAGCCAGAUGUCCAGCUUGUCAUCAUCCUCCGCUGGUCCAAGAUCUCAGGCACACCCAUCCAACGCGUCAAAGGAAAAUAUGAGAUUUGGGAGCGAGAUACCGCUAAUACGCCAUAUUGCAAGGAUAGUGGGGCUAUCUUUCCUCCUCCACCGGCGAAUCUCGGUCCCCAAGUAAUACCCAUUACUCGCGCCCAACUCUUCGGACCGGCGCAUAUAUUUCCUGGGCAGAAUGGCACGGAUAUAUGGAAUCUCCGCGUUGACCUACUGAGGACUUGGGCCAGCAAGGCCAUCAAUCGAAUGGGUUACAUACCGGCGUGACUGUCAUCUUUUCACUUUUUGCCUGAAGAUAGUUUGUGUAUUAUUAUUAGCUGCCGCCAAAUUGAAAUUUGACUAGUAACAGACCCUUUUCACAAUCUGCUCUACAGUAUGAGAUAGCCAAUUGUCUUGUUCUUCCUUGGCCAAUCAGCGAUAUCGGAUCCCUCCCGAAGACACCUCACCGCCUAGAAGAAG